AGAUGGGGAAGGGGUCCUUCAAAUACGCCUGGGUGCUGGACAAGCUGAAGGCCGAGCGUGAGCGUGGCAUCACCAUUGACAUCUCGCUGUGGAAGUUCGAGACCACCAAGUACUACAUCACCAUCAUUGACGCACCUGGCCACAGGGACUUCAUCAAGAACAUGAUCACCGGGACCUCCCAGGCUGACUGCGCCGUCCUGAUCGUCGCUGCCGGCGUCGGUGAAUUUGAAGCCGGCAUCUCCAAGAACGGGCAGACUCGUGAGCACGCCCUGCUGGCUUACACCCUGGGGGUGAAGCAGCUCAUCGUGGGCAUCAACAAGAUGGAUUCCACAGAGCCCCCCUACAGCGAGAAACGCUACGAUGAGAUCGUCAAGGAGGUCAGCGCCUACAUCAAGAAGACCGGCUACACCCCAGCCACAGUUCCCUUCGUGCCCAUCUCGGGCUGGCAUGGAGACAACAUGCUGGAGCCCUCUCCCAAUAUGCCUUGGUUCAAAGGCUGGAAGGUGGAGCGCAAGGAAGGCAACGCCAGUGGGGUGUCCCUCUUGGAGGCCUUGGACACCAUCCUGCCCCCGACCCGUCCCACAGACAAACCCCUGCGCCUGCCCCUCCAGGAUGUCUACAAGAUUGGAGGGAUCGGCACGGUCCCCGUGGGCCGGGUGGAGACAGGCAUCCUGCGGCCCGGCAUGGUGGUCACCUUUGCACCCGUGAACAUCACCACUGAGGUGAAGUCCGUGGAGAUGCACCACGAGGCCCUGAGCGAGGCUCUGCCUGGGGACAAUGUUGGCUUCAACGUGAAGAACGUCUCCGUCAAGGACAUCCGCCGCGGGAACGUCUGCGGGGACAGCAAGUCAGACCCGCCGCAGGAGGCAGCGCAGUUCACAUCUCAGGUGAUCAUCCUGAACCACCCUGGCCAGAUCAGCGCCGGCUACUCGCCCGUCAUCGACUGCCACACCGCACACAUCGCCUGCAAGUUCGCUGAGCUGAAGGAGAAGAUCGACCGGCGCUCCGGCAAGAAGCUGGAGGACAACCCCAAGUCCCUGAAAUCGGGCGAUGCGGCCAUCGUGGAGAUGAUCCCUGGCAAGCCGAUGUGUGUGGAGAGCUUCUCCCAGUACCCACCCCUUGGCCGCUUCGCUGUCCGUGACAUGCGGCAGACCGUGGCCGUGGGCGUCAUCAAGAACGUGGAGAAGAAGAGUGGUGGGGCCGGUAAAGUCACCAAGUCUGCCCAGAAGGCCCAGAAGGCUGGCAAAUGAAUCGUGGGCUCCCCGUGCAUCGCGCAGAAACCAUCCCUGACACCAGGACGCUGCCACCGUCUCCCCCGGGCGCAUGUGUGCACAUCAGCUUGUAAGAGUUUAUAUGUCAACGACUGGAUGCUCACCAUUAAGGUCCAGUGGAAAUUCUUUAAAAGGAAAAGCAUGUUCCAGCGUUUGUGAGGCUUCAUGUUAAUUUUACCAAUAAAACUGGUACAACAUCCACA